AUGCGAAGCGUCCGACUGUUUGUGGUGAUCGCGUUAAGCGUGAGGAGGACCUUGCAACUUGUCCGGGAAGCCUCUUUGGAAGAGCGACGAAGCGCGGGCUGCAGCGACGCUGCUGUCAAACACAAACUCGCCGAAGCCGAGGUACUUUUCCAAAAGUCCUCUUGUCGUGGGUUCCGAGAUGCGUUGAAUGUCAGGCUGAAGACCCGUUUGGCGCUUGAUGCCGGCGAGCACUGUGGAGACGAGCAGCGCGUCGCCUGCGUAGUGCAACAAUCGACCUACGACCAUGUUUGUGUGCGCGUGAUUGAGAAGCUUGGUGACCGGAAGGCGAUGAACAGGGCACCCGCAGCAUCGUCCACCGGCGGUCUGUUCUCGUUCGGUGCCAAGCCUGCUACCUCCCAACCGCAGCAGCAAGCGACAUCAACGUUCGGUUCCGGCUCUGGCACGACUGGUGGUGGAGGUCUGUUCGGUAGCAGCAACACAAACACACAACCUGCCUCCUCCGGCACUGGCUUCUCCUUCGGUGCGCCAGCCAACUCCCAACAGCAGCAACAGCAGCCAGCACAACCAUCCACAACCUCCCUGUUCGGUGCUCCCGCAUCCUCCUUUGCCACCUCCAGCGCACAGCAGCCGGUGGCGCAAACCCAGUUCUCCCAACAAAACCAGCAGCAGCAACAGCUCACCCCCGCCCAACCGGACAAGAAGCUCGGCGCUCCCCUCUCAUCCAAGCUCGAGCAGAUCCGCGCCGCCUGGGACACCAACAACGCCGCCGCCUGUCGCUUCGUCUAUUACUUCUACAACAACGCCGGCAACGCGUCCAACCUCAAACACAUCCAAGGUCGACGACCGGACGCUGUCGGCGCCAUGCACGACCAACUGUGGGCGGCAGCGAUCCGCGAAAACCCGGAUCCGAAUCGACUCUACCCCGUGCUGGCGCUGGGGUUCAACGACCUCAAAAAGCGCAUCGAGUCGCAGGCGCGCGAGGCGCAGAGGCAGCGGGCGCUGCUUGCGAACCUGGCAACGAGGCUGGCGGCGUUGGAGCAGAAGCAUUCGCUCUCCAACUCGGUGAGGGCGCAGGCGGCGCAGAGCAGGCAGGCUCAGCUGCAUCAGAGGUUGAUCGGGCUAGUGGCCAAGACACAGCUGUUGGUGCCGGCGUUGAGGGGAAAGAGCGUGGGGCCGGAGGAGGAGAGGUUGAUUGCGAUACUCGAGGCGUGCGAGGCCGAGAUCACGGGGUCGAAUGCGGCGGUUGGUUCGCGCUCGGUUGUGCUGACCAAUGCGAACGGCGCAGCGGGAGCUGGUGCGGCAGGGUUGCAUGCUGCCGCCGCCCAUCCCGCGAACCACGCGCGUCUGAGGGCGAGGAUCAACGAGCUCUGGGCUCAGCUCGGCGUCGUCCGCGCAAAAAGAGAGAUGCUCGCAAGAGAGGGCAGAAGCGCUACCACCGAAUGGGCCGUCGUCGACCCCAGCGGGCUCGAAAACGUCACGCGCAUCUUGGCGCAGCAGCAGCAGGGUCUCAACCAUCUCAGCACCACGUUGGAGCACGACUCCAAGGCGAUGGAUACCAUCACUAGCGGUCUCACGGGUGUCAAGUUGGUCGGAGUUUCAAGGUGA